CGAUACAACUCUAGUUUAGGAGAAGAGUUGUUUUGCAAAGUUUAAUUACAUUUUUUUUAUAAUGGUCGGCUCCAACUUUGGCAUUAUCUAUCAUCCCAGCGCCGGCGGCUCCUCGGGCCAGGCUAAUGCAAGUGGCGCUGCCUCUGCCGGCCUAAGCAGCGGCAGCAGCUUCAACGCCGCUGCUGGCAGUGAACGCAAUGCGCCAGCUUCGCAUCUCAGCGAUUUCAUGUUACAGCUGGAGGAUUACACGCCCUUACUGCCGGAUGCAGUUACUUCGCAUUAUUUGAAUAUGGGCGGUUUUCAUUCGGAUGAUAAGCGCAUUGUGCGCUUGAUUUCGAUUGCAACGCAGAAAUUCAUGUCCGACAUCAUUGACGAUGCACUGCAGCAUUCCAAGGCUCGCACACACAUGCAGAACGCCAGCACACCGGGUGGCUCCAAGGCCAAGGAUCGCAAGUUCACACUGACCAUGGAGGAUCUGCAGCCUGCACUCGCUGACUACGGAAUCAAUGUCCGCAAAAUGGACUACAGUCAGUAGCAAAAGUAUAUGUCCUUGGUUUAAAAUUAAAAUUAUAUUUCUACCAUUCAUAUGUAAAUCCAAAAUAAUAGUGAAUUAAUUUGUAUAACAAAUACUUAAAA